UUUCUAAGUUCGUUUGCAGACUCUUCGAUAAGAAUUUCAUGUCGAAGCUGGAAACAGAUGCGACUCCAAUGCCGAGGGUAAAUGGGAAAAAUAAGGCAGUGUCCGCUUCUACUAACAACGACAGUGCUUUCGUGAAUGCAAAUAUCAGUGGGAUAGACCAAGUCGCCUCAACGACAUUAGUACCCUCCAGUAGUUUGGGGGAAGUACCAACCGAAGCAGUGGCCAUCCCGGAAGAACCAAAUAUGCUGGCGCAUACCGUGGUUAACAAUGUUCAUUACAAUACAGCCCCCCAAACGUCGAUAUCCAACACAACCGGUCAGAUGGUUUUUCACAUAAAGAACUCCAGCAAUGUACACAUUGGCAACAGCUAUGCUAUGGAACCUGCAAAUGGAUGCAAUGACUGCAAAACGGAGCAUAAGGAACACGUUAAAUGGGCCAAUUUAAAGCUGUCCAACACUAUCACCCAAAUGAUGCAAUCUUCUGAUGAAUUGGAACUGGAAAUGCUUGAAAUCGUGUCAAGACAUUUAGGUUACGAAUGGAAGAGUUUCGCCCGAAAGCUUGAAUACUCAGAAGGACAAAUAGAUGCCUUUGAAGCAGACAACGCUACAUUGUCGGAACAAAUUUACCAUUUUCUUUUGGAUUGGACUCAAAUCGAAGAUAACCCUACGCUAGGUCGACUAGUGUCAUUGUUGUGGGAAAAUAAACAUAAAGAAACAGUUUAUUACAUGAAGAGAGAAUGGAAAAGCCGGAAAGAGAGUUUGAGCAGCUGACCAUCAUAACCGGCUACGGGUUAAAAGGACUGCGAAAGCUACGCUACGAUGAAAUAGGACUUCGAAGAGAGUGACACAUAAAAAUAGUGAUAGACGAAGAUUUAUCGUUUUACAGGUGAAAUAUGCUUUACUUUUUAUUGUUACAAAGGGUAAACAUAAUAGCAAUAGGUUGGUCAGUUUUGUUUAAAAUUGAAAAAAAGCAAAAGUGAAUCGUACAAUGUAUGAAUCCGAAAACAUAUCGUGGUAAUUGAAAUAUAUU